AUGAAUUAUCGCGAGCUAGAAUUCUUCGGAAAAAAUGGUUUAAGAUAUGAGAAAGUUAUCGCUCGUGGGGCAAACGGAUUGAUUUAUCUUGUUUAUUCAGAGAGUCAACAAAGGAAAUUUGCAAUGAAAAAAUAUCCUCAAUUUAUCUUUAAAGAUAAAGACUUAGAGAAUAUAAUUGCUAUUAACAAUCCCCACUUGCUCAAAUUUACACAGUAUUUCAAGUUUAAUGACCAAGUUUAUUUACUUAUGGAAUACUGCCCAACUAAUCUUGAAAAGUUGAUCACAGAACCUCAGAUGGUUUCCAAAGAAAUCCUUAGGAACUACAUAUACGACGUGGUUACAUGUGUUAAAACCUGCCAUGAUAAUAAUAUUUCAAUCAGUGAUUUCACUUUGAGUAAUUUUUUAAUAGAUGAAAAUGGAAAAAUCAAGAUCAACUUCCUUAGCUUAAAACACAUCGUUCAGGAACAAGAGGAGAAUGCACCAGCAAGAUUCAAAACUAUGAAUUAUUUCCUUCCACCUGAAGUAAUCGAGCAAUCCGAAUACGAUGAAAUGUGCUCUGAUAUAUGGUCACUCGGAUGCAUCCUAUAUUUCAUGGCAUCUAAAAGCUUGCCAUUUAAUUCAAAAGAUAUGAAGUCACUUAAAGAUCAGAUUAAAAAGUGCGAAUACAACAACGAAAAGGUUGAAGAUUUAAAUCUUAGGGAGGUCAUAUCACGUUGCCUUAAGAUCGAUCCAAAUUCAAGAACAACAGUAGGUAACCUUCUCAAGAUGAAAUACUUUGGUAAACUUGAUACUGCAAAGAACAAUCAGAAGGCAGUUCUCAAGUCAGAAUGGAGAAAAUCUGUUUAUUUGGUUAGAAGAAAUAUGACAUUCAUUAAUUAUAAUAGGCAAGAACUAGACAUUCCAAAUACUCCAUCAAGACCAAGUGAAGGUAUCUUCUAA